AUGUCUACGUACCUGAGUUACAGGCGGCGCUAUUCGGAGCCAGUGAAACCGGAGCCCAGAUUUCAAUGGCGUUUGCGUGUCCACAGCCUGAUGAUGGACGACGACAGUGACCAGACGCCACCUCUGACCGAAAGACCAUCUCAAAGAUAUACCUCCAGGCGGGAAUCUUAUGGCUACAAUACAGAUCACUCACAAGAAAAUAGAGAUGCGGACUCCAAUGAUCUCGUGGACUCUGCGGAGAUUCAUCGAACCCGCAGGGAGAGGUUCGCCCGAACGAAAUCCGAGGGCCAUCUGAAGCUGAGAGUGAGGUUUUCUAGGUUCUCAAAUACGACUCAUAGUUUUGACGAAGAUGACGAUUCCAGUUUGAAUCUCCAGUCAGACAGUGAAAGAACCAGGUUCGACUCUGAACCAGAGGGUAGAAGGUUUAGGUCAUCUCAGGAGUCAGGCAUAGGUUCUUUCGGUGAACAUCAUACAGACGAGGAGGAAGAUCAACAUGAAGGACCUCGAACCAAUGCUGACGCUAAAAAAAUACGUAAUAAGUGUGCUUAUGCUAAUGAUGAUAAUGAAGAUGAUGGCUUUGUCAGUGACGAAAAAACAGGUGCUUCUGUUUCAGGUGAAGCAGUGGCUUCUGCUGGAGCAACGGCUUCCUUUGAAGACUUUGCUGAGGACCAGAACCGGUAUGGUCAAGAAAGGGAUGUCAGUAGAGGUGCUAUCCCAAAACGGCAUUUAAACCUGGAAGUUUCCAGACCAGAAGGUUCAAGUCAGUCUAACGACAAAACAGAUCCAGAAGUUAGUGGGGCUCGGCAAAAUGAGAUAAGCUUUGAAACUGCUCAUGAAGAAGUAUCAUCGAAACAGAACACUUUAAACACAGAAAACAAAAUAGAUCCUUGUCGGUCGUCUGGCAAUGAAGAUGGGUGGAAGUCAAGUUAUGCUGACGUUAAAGCAAAAAACAAGUAUGCGAAAUACAACACAAACGAAGAAGAAAACAAACAGGAAAAUAACAGUGAAAUAGACGAUUUAGAAUCUAUGAUUGAACGAAUAAUUGCCGAAGAGGAGGCAAUCCUGACUCGCAAAUCAAGCAAUCCCACUUCGAUAAAAUCGUCCGUUGACAGUUUAAAUAAUGAUGACUUGAAGACCCCCAGCAAUUCAAUGAAUAAGUUAAAGGAUAAUGCUGAAAAUGAUAAAGAUGUAGAUGAAAAUGGAAUUAGCAUCUCUCGCAACAACAACCAAGACAAUCAGCGUUCGUCAUCUUUACCUUCGUACCAACAAGAUGAAAACAACAGUUUGACAAACACCACAAUGUCUUUUUCUUCUUCAUGCCCUUCCUCUCAGAAAACAUUAGCCAAGGAAAAUAAAGAUAAGGAAGAAAGUGAAAUUGAAGAAGAUGGUUGGGCUUAUUUGCCCGUUAUACUCCUGGAAGAUGUCUUCACGCUCUUAUCUCCCAAGGAACGCCACCAGGCCUCGAUGGUCUGUCGGCAAUGGUACGACCUAUUCUACUCGCCCCGUGUGUGGGAAACGUUCAUACUGCUUGAGAGGACACUGACCAAGAAACGAUUCAACCUUUACAAGGGCUAUCAACGUGAACUGUGUCCAGGAAAGACUCAGCUAUGCUUCAGACGAGUUGGGUCGUAUUUCAAGAGGAUCGUAGUGACUCCAAUCACCGACUACUUCAACCUGUACGAGUUUCUGAGAAUUCUUGCGGCUUUUCUGCAGUAUCAAGAAGAACAUGGACUGGCGGCAAUGCCGCUUCUUCACACUUUUGAUUUCACCUUUGCCUGUGCUAGCCGAGGAGAUGGAGAAGUCAUCGUCCAUGGAACAGGUGGUCAAAUUCUGGAAAUGAUCAAACAGCUCCUGAUGAGAAUAAGCAACCUGAAACAUCUGAAACUGAAUCAACUUCUUGUUGAUGAGACGGAUGUGCCAGGACUUUUUGACGCUAUGGCCAAUUGUUUCAGUGAGUGCCUGAGUUCUCUUGAAAUGUUGAAUGUAACCAAGAUUCCUUUCGGUUUAACCGAUUUGGCUCGUUUUCGAAACCUGGUUAAACUGACUGUAAGCCCACAACAUCUGAAUGAAGAAGUGCUGAUUCUUUUGGCCGGGUUAAAUCUGUUACAGCUUCAUUUGGUACAAGACGCUUACACUUGUGACUGUGAGCCGGUCUCGUAUGAAGCGUGGAAACUGGUGAGAGAAAUGGCGCCAUGGUUGCGUGUCUAUCUGGAAGUAUGCGGUCACACACGAGCCCACUUACUGGUUCAGCCUAGGGCUCCAGUUUACGGGGUAUUUUUGCGUACUCCGUACAGCAAACUUACUAGCGAUUUGGUCAUGUCUUUGGUUGAGUACUAUAGCAAAACCUUGCACUACUUCGUACAGGAGAACCUUCCGCGGGUUCACGGUCCACGAGGCAUCGAUGCUAGAUGUGAUUCGUCCCUGCUUUUCUUGGUCCGACGCUGCCCGGCUCUGCAUACACUGGUCAUCAGAGAGAGAAUUAGCACGUCCACUUUGAUUCUACUGGCGAAUGAAGGAAAGAACUUAAGGACUCUUCUCGUUCGUAGACAUGCUUUGAUUAAGCGAUGCGACUGGCCGCAGCCUGGUAUGUGGACAAAGGAAUUCUACGCCAGACUGAGAAAGUGCGCUCUGGAUUACGACAAAUGUAUUGAUGAAGUCUGCAAACUUCUCAUGCGUCGUUGGCGACCUAUGACUGACAAGCAGUUUAUGCGACUGAAAAUUGUUCCGAGAUUAGAUUCGUUCCGAUUUCGUUGA